GCAGGAUUGUUGUGUGGAUGAAUUCAGUUAGCAUCGAGAGUUACACGGAUACAGCUGUGGGGUUAGAAAGUGCCCACCAGCCCGGAUAAAACAUGGCCGCCUCUUUAGGUUCCUCACUCAGCAGUUGAACGUUGCUCAGCGUGACCAACACUCUGGAUGCUGGCUCCCGUGACCCCCGCCGUGACCUUCGGGGUGGCUCAGGGUCGCCUGGAGGUCCUCCAGAUCUACCGCCUGCUGCAGAGCAUCCAUCAGAAGGACAAAGCUCACAUCACCAAGAUGGUCACCAUCGGGGUGCAGAACCUCAUCAACCUCACGGAGCCCCAGCAAGGGAUCGGGCCUCUCCACCUGGCUGUCAUGAAGAACAACGAAGACAUGGCCAGCUUCCUCCUGUCCCAGGGGGCGCACCCCGACAUCCAGGACAAGAGGGGCCGCACGCCGACCAUGCUGGCGGCAGAGCAGGGUCGGGCCAGCAUCCUGGAGCUGCUGGCCAAGAACGAUGCCAACAUGAGGCUGAACGACGCCGAGGGCAAAGGUGGAGUUCUCUUCUACUGCAUCGAACCCACCUGGCACUCGCGCUGCCUGCAGGUGGCGCUGAAGUACCAACCAGACAUCAACAACGUUUCCCUGCAUGGGACACACGUCUUCCAGCUCAUGUGUGAAAAAGCCCAGGAACACGGCCCCAUGUGUCUCCGCAUGCUGGACGAAGGAGCCGACCCCAACGCCAACGACGAGAAAACAGGCAUGACAGCUCUGAUGACCACGGUGAGGGGAGGAUGCUCCAAACUGGCCAGGGCCAUGCUGAAGAAAGGGGCCAACCCCAACACCCUCAACCAAAAACGCCAUUCUGCCGUUCACUAUGCUGCCAAGGGCGGCUUUUUGGAGAUUAUCCAGAUUCUGUCUGCCUUCUCAGCUGACAUGGGAGUGCUGGACAUGGACACCUGCACGCCGCUGCACUACGCCGCCGAGACUGGAGAUGCCAACUGCUGCAAGUUCCUCGCCCAGAGAGGUUGCAAUCCCAAACUGAAGAACCAGAACGGCCACCUUCCUCGGCAGAUCGCCAAAGAUUUCUCCCACAAGCCGGCCAUGAAGGAGCUGAAGAAAGCUGAGGCGCGGGCGAAAAAGGGCGACAAAGGCAGCGGCACCGUCCCCCUGACCGACCUGUGGGCCUUGACCCUCCACGACUGGUCCAACGAGUACGAGCAGGAGCUGCGCAGAGCCUUCGGAGAAGACAACGAAACAGUUUCGUCGGAGACGUUCAUGUCCGUCCUGGAGGAGCUCAAGGCUCCGGUGGACGAGGACCAGAUUCUGGUGGUCAUCUCCGCUCACGACACGGCCAAGCAGGGCGUGGUCAACAUCAGCGAGUUCAUCAAGGGGACCAAGUACAUCCAGAAGCUCUUCCUCCUGGCCGCCUACGUCCCCAAGCAGAAAAAGGCUAAAGGCGGGAAAGGCAAGAAAAAAGGGGCCUUCGUGCCGCCCAUCCCCAUCUGCAAGCUCCCGGGAGAAUACAAGCCACGGCGGCCGGAUGGAGGGCCGCCGUACUUCAUGGUGGAGGAGUUCCACAGCCCGUCUGACUCCUGCAGGCUCAGUCAGGAGAUCCCUGCCAAGCACCCCUUCGAGAACGACUCAGCCUGGUACCAGGACAAGCCGCAGAAGGUCUACGUCAACAUCAAUGACUGUGUCCGCAAAGGGGACGUGCAGGUUCUGGAUCACGCCUUCCUCCACGGGGCUUCCGUCAGCACUGCAGACCAGUACUUUAAGGACCCCCUGAUGGUGGCCUGCGCCACUGGCAACUACAAAAUGGCCCAGUAUCUUCUGAAUAAAGGGGGUGACCGGAGCAGGACCGACCAGUUCAUGUGGACCCCGCUCCAUCACGCCGCCCAGGGAGGCCACCUCAACAUCCUGGAGCUCCUGGUGAAGGCCGGGGUCGACCUGGAGGCCGCGUCCAUCAGUGAGAGCACGGCUCUGAUGAGGGCCAUCCAGGGCUGCCAUCCCGAGUGUGUGGACUUCCUCAUCCAGUCGGGCGCCAACGUGCUCGCCGAGAACAAGAGAGGUUGGAUGCUUGCUGUCAUCUUCUCCCUCAAUCUUCCCACCCGUUUCCAACCCAUCUCUCUGUGCAGGAGACAGCUGUCUGGAGCUCGCCACCGUUUUUGCCAAUAUGGCCGUGUAUGAACUGAUCCAGGCCAAAAUAGAGUCUUUGCCCAAACCAAAGGCAAAGAAAUAGUGCU